CACCACCACCACCACCCCCCCCCUCCCCUCCUCGGGGGUCCCCCCUAAGAAGUGAUGGCUUUAUAAAGGGGUCCGGAGAGAGAGGGGAAGCAGUGCCCACCAUGGCCUCCAAGCUCAAGGAGCGGAGGAGGACACCGGUUUCCCACAAAGUGAUCGAGAAGCGGAGGAGGGACCGCAUCAACCGGUGCCUCACCGAGCUGGGGAAGACGGUGCCCAUGGCUCUGGCCAAGCAGAGCUCGGGGAAGCUGGAGAAAGCGGAGAUCCUGGAGAUGACGGUGCAGUACCUGCGGGCCCUGCACUCGGCGGACUUCCCCCGCGGCCGGGAGAAGGCAGAGCUGCUCUCCGAGUUCGCCAACUACUUCCACUACGGCUACCACGAGUGCAUGAAGAACCUGGUCCACUACCUGACCACGGUGGAGCGGAUGGAGACCAAAGACACCAAAUACGCCCGCAUCCUGGCCUUCCUCCAGUCCAAGGCCCGCUUCGUCACCGAGCCCCUCUUCACCUCCCUGGGCUCCCUCCCGGAGCCGGACUUUUCCUACCCGCUGCACCCCGGGCCCGAGUGUCCCGGCGAUGCCGUGCUCCAGCCGCCCCCGGGGGGGCCUUUCCCUUGGCACGGCGCUUCCCGCAGCCCCCCCCUGCCCUACCACCUCCCCAACGCCGCCGUGCCCCUCGCCAGCCCCGGCCAGCAGCGCAGCACCUUCCUCUCCUCCGUCCAGGGGCUGGACCGCCACUACCUCAACCUCCUCGGCCAUUCCCACCCCAACGCCUUCGGGUUGCCACCGGGCCAGCACCCCUCCAUGCUAUAGAGACUCGCCCCCCCCCCGCCCUUCUCACACCACCGCCCCCAAUCCCCCCGAAAAAAUCCUAUUUAUGACGGCGGACGCUGCGAGUUGCGCACGGGCAGGAUGUCGGGGGCAGGGGGAUGCCCGGGGGGCCCGGCUUUGCUCCCCCCCAGCCCUCUCUGGGGGUCUGAAUCUGCCCCCCGCCCCCCCCCCUUCCGCUCUUCUUCGCACCUCCGGGUGCGGUGCCUGUA